GCUCUUACUUCCCACAUGCUCCUGCAGCUGAGUUUCUGGAUGAGAGAAGCAGGUCCUGCGGAAAGUCCAGAAAUUUUGGGAGAUGCCUGGGUGACCGCAGAUAUGAGAGAGGUGGGGGUGCCUCGCCAGGACCUCACUGAGCCCCUCUCCCUGGUCCCCCGGGGUGGUCCCCGCGGAUUGGGUGUCCUUCACCAGCGGCACAGCCGACCCCACGCCGGCUGCUGCCGCCCCGAGCUGGGGAGGUGCCUGACCUCGAGCCCGGGGCUGGGGCGUGGGGACAAGCCCAGCGCCUGCCCGCGCAGGAGGGACGGGCUCAGGUUACGGCCUCGUACAGAAAUGAGUGGGGCUGCGGGACUCCAAUGAGGUUUCUGGUGCCGCGGCCGAGGUGUAUUAAAGGGGAGUGCACGGGUGGCUGAGGGCUCCGGCAGUGCCCCCGGCCAUGGCGGGCCCGGGCAGCGACGGGGACCUGCGGCGCCUGCUGAAGCUGCACCGCACCGAGAUCGCCAUGGCAGUGGAUGACGUCUUCCCACUGCUGCAUGGCCUAGCUGACCACGAUGUCGUCCCUGACCACAUCUUCAAGGAGACGCUGAGCCGGGCGGAGCGGGAGGGCUCCCACCGCGCUUUCCACGCGCUGCUCACCUGGCUGCUGGGCCGCGACACUGCCGCCGUCCGGGACUUCUGGGCCGUCCUCUUCAAGGACUACAACCUGGAGAGGUACUCCCGGCUCCGGCCUCUCCGCGGCGCCUUCCCGAGAGGUAAUAGGGUCUCAGGUGGGACCGGCACCCCCGGGGGCUGGCAGUGGGCAGGGGUGACAGCCGGGGUGCUGGUGCCUCUCCCAGUCCCUGUUGUUCUUGCAGAGGUGGAGCUGGGGCGGCAGCGCCGUGGAAGGCGUCUCUCCCCGAGCCCCACAGCACCGGCCCCACACAGACCCCAGGGCAAGAGGAAAGCCCCUGAGGAGCGGGACAAGGCCCGGGCGGCACAGCCCGCUCCGCGGCACAGUGCCAGUCCUGGGCCCCUGGUGAAGGCAAAGACUGUGAAGAAGCCAGAGGGCACAGAUACCCCCCGCACCUCUCGAGCCAGCACUCUCCAGGCAGUGGCUGCCUCCAUGCAGAGAGCAGUGGCUGUGGCAGGUGGUGAGGCGCCCAUCAGCCGUGGGACCAUCGAGGGCAUCCUCAUUAAACACGUGCUGGACCCAAACAGCUCCAAGACAGGCAGCAGAGCUGGUGACAAGCCAUAUACCCCAACUGCCUGCGAGGAGCCAGAGGCCAGGAGCAGAAGCCACAGUCUGAAGCCCCCUGCCCAGCCCAAGGCAUGCCAAAGUAACAGGGAACCCCAGUUGCAGCCCCAGGGCCAGCUGCAAGCAGUCACUGUCUACAGCCAGGACCCUGUGCCCCACCAGGAGAAUGAGGAUGAGUGUGCAGCAUGCGGUGAUGGUGGUGAGCUCAUCUGCUGUGACGGCUGCCCCAGGGCCUUUCACCUUGCCUGCCUGGUGCCCCCGCUGCCCCACGUCCCCAGCGGGACAUGGCGAUGUGGCUCCUGUGUGGAGAACGUGACUGAACCAGGCCAGCUGCUGGAGGCAGACUUGCCUGUGGAGAGACCCCCCGAGCUCCUGGGGGAGGUGGCGCGGGACACCCAGCCAGGUGGAAUGGAGGAAAGUGUCUGCAGCCGCUGCUGCACCCGGAUCCCCACUCCCCACCACUGUCCUGCUCCCAGUGGGGACCCCAGGGGACUACAGCUCUGCACGUCCUGCACGGGCACCCUGAACACUGGAGGUCUGGGCACCACUGCAGCAGCUGGAGACCAACUGCUUCCAGCAGCCAAGGCAGAGGAUGGAGCCCUUGGCAGUGACCCUGUGCUGAGCCGGGAAGAGCUUGAUGCACUGCUAGGUGAGAGCACGUGGGAUGGGAUCUUGCAGUGGGCAUUCCAGACCAUGGCACGGCCGCUGGCAGAAACACAAGGGCUCCUCGCCUAGUGCACAGACCAAGCAGCAGCCUUCACACGGCAAGUCAUGAGAAAGCAGGCUAUGAGACUACCGUAAAACAAGACAAGAGCAGGAAAAGUGACAGCAAAAAGAAGUGACAGAAAAAAAUAAUACCCGUCAAGAGAACAAUCCAAAAUGGCUCACACACAGAAAGACGGACAGCCACAUGCAGAGAAACUCAGCAGACAACAAGCCCAGUGAAAAUAUACAUAAAAAACAGGCCAGAGAAACUAUAAAAA